UGAGGAGGAGGAGCGGAGUACAUGGAGGGCAUCAGGCACUGACAGACCGAAGAGGACUCGGAUAGGGUGUGCAGCCAUGGAGCUGAUUAUGAUAUCAGGAUGUAUUCUGGUUCUCCCAGUCUUCGCCUUCAUCACCUCCUUCAUGUUCUGGCCUGGAUCCACCCUUAAAGCCUACAACUGGUACUUGCGUCGCAGGCUGGGGCUGGUGGUCCGCUACUCUAAAAGCGGAAGUUACCGCUUCUGUUAUAGCAGCCGCGGGACGCCGGGGGGCGCCACGCCAUCGCUGCUGCUGCUGCAUGGCUUUUCUGCCUCCAAGGACAUGUGGCUGCCCAUCGUCAAGCAUCUCCCCAGAGGCCAGCAUGUGGUGUGUGUGGACAUGCCCGGACAUGAGGGGACGACUCGCACUGGGGCCGAGGACUAUUGCAUUCAGGGCCAGGUCGCCAGAGUCCACCAGUUUGUGAAGAGUAUCGGUUUGGACAAAAGACCCUUCCACCUAGUUGGGACGUCGAUGGGGGGCAACGUUGCUGGAGUGUACGCUGCCCAUCACCCUGCUCACCUGUCCGGUGUCACCCUGAUGUGUCCAGCAGGUCUGGUUUAUCCCACAGAGUCUGAGUUCAUCGUUCGCCUGAGAGAGAUGGAGAAGACUCAGCUGCAAGGGUCCAUCCCUCUGAUCCCCACUACUACUCAGGAGCUGGAGUCCAUGUUGAAACUCUGCUGCUACACCCCCAUCAGCCUCCCCAAACAGCUCCUGCGAGGUCUGCUUGACAACAGGGUGCCCAACAAUGAUUUCUACAAAGAAGUGUUCAUGGAGAUCGUCGGGGAGAAGUCCCGUCACUCGCUGCAGGAAAUCUUGCACCUGAUCACAUCCCCUGUGCAGGUGAUCUGGGGGAAGGAGGAUCAGGUGGUGGACGUGUCGGGGGCGGCGGUGCUGCAGGCAGCACUGCCAAACUGCCAGGUGGAGUUGAUAGACAACUGCGGCCACUCUGUUUCGUUGGAGCGGCCCAGGAAAUCCGCCAAUCUCAUCAUGGACUUCCUGUCUAAGAAGGAAGUCAACGGUGGAAACGCUAAGAAACUUUCCUGAAGCAAACUUUUGAACCGUAUGACCUCAGAAUGGAAGAUGAAGAUUGUAAUGAAUUAGGUGUGAUAUUAAAGUUUAGCUAUUACAGAGUUUACAUCUGUAACGUUUAAAUAUUCCAACUAUUCCUGAAGUUUUUAGACACACAGCACCAAGCUGUAUUCUCCAUUUUAGAUCUAAAUUAAAUGAAAACAUUCCACUUUAGGAUUUUGCACACUUCUCUUUCAGAAACAUUGUUUUCUCAGUGUCUCGUUUCAUGUGAAAAGUCGUUUUUUGUGUGUGUUGUGCCUCUGACUGCCUAAUUAACCACAUGAAAAUCAUUCAUAUUGAAAUUCUAAAUAAAAAUUGCACUGAAAGUGAAUUAUGUUUGAUAAAUGAAAAACUGAAAUAAAUAUUCUGCAGGAAAUAAAUAUUGUUUUAUUGAAUUUUUGGGAUACCCUCUGCUUUAAAAAAUGUCCCAAUUCGGGAUAAAUAAAGUAUUUCUGAAUA